CUGAUGCGAGAGACGCAGCAGCAUCAUCAUCAGCAGCAGCAGCAUCAUCAUCAGCAGCAUCAGCAUCAGCAGCAGGCGGCGCGUCACUGCAAGAUGGCUGCUGAGGGAAACCGCCGCUAGCCACGCGAAGCUGCAGCGCUCGCGAUAAACAAACACAUCGUGUACAUUAAAAACAACAAGGGGUGGAAGCUUCUGCGGCGUCGUCUUUCGUUCAUUCGUCGUGGUUUUACUGCUAAUUUGUGUGGGUUUUUUUUGGCCACUCGAGCGGUCCGUUUUCUUGCGGUGGAAACGUGAAUCAGAAUGACUAAGGGAGUGCUGGCUCAGAACAACAAAGUCCAGGACGUCUUCCUACAGCCACAACAACAGCAGCAGGAGGUUGUUGCAAUGGCAAUGCCCUCGGCACCACCCAGCUACGCCGAGGCCACGUCUGGCAAGGAAGGUGGCGCGUAUCCACCGGCCGUGAUGCCUCCUCCUCCACCCCAGCUCGGUUGGGCCUACACCACCAACAACACCACCACCAACACCACCACCAACACCACCACCAACAACACCACCACCAACAACACCGCCGGCCCCGCUCCAAGCUAUGGACAGGCCUACACAAGCCCCUCGUACACCCCGUACACGGACACGAGCAGCAACAUCGGUGACAGCUUUUCCUCUAACACAUGGGAGGACAAAAACCUGCGACGGGUCUUCAUUAGAAAGGUGUAUGCAAUCCUCAUGCUGCAGCUGCUGGUGACGUUUGGGAUUGUAGCCAUUUUCACGCUUUGUGAACCAGUGGGCUAUUACGUGAAGAGGAAUCCUAUUUUGUACUGGUCGUCAUAUGCGGUGUUCCUGGUUACCUACUUGGUGUUGGCAUGCUGCAAGGAGCCUCGUCGCCGUUUCCCAUUGAACAUCAUUCUCCUGUCUAUCUUUACAUUGGCUAUGUCAUAUAUGACAGGAACGCUAGCAAGCUUCUAUAGCACACGGUCGGUGAUGCUGUGCUUUGGAAUUACUGCCCUCGUCUGCUUCUCAGUGACUAUCUUUUGCUUCCAAACAAAGUUUGACUUCACAACCUGCCAUGGGCUGUUGUUUGUGCUGCUGAUGGCACUUGUUCUCACUGGACUGGUGGCUGCGAUUGCUGUGCCUUUUGGAUAUAUGCCUUGGCUGCAUGUGCUUUAUGGAGGCCUCGGAGCGGUUGUCUUCACACUGUUCUUGGCGUAUGAUACGCAGCUGCUGAUUGGAAACCGCCGUUACGCCAUCAGCCCGGAGGAGCACAUCUUUGCCUCCCUUAACCUCUACAUGGACCUUGUCUACAUAUUCAUGUUCCUCCUGCAGAUCUUUGGCAGUCGCGAGUAGGGAUGAUUGUGUGCCAGCCUGCUCAGAGAGCCAUCCCACAUGCUCUUCAAUGAUUGGUCAGGACCUAGGUACACUCCGUAGUAAACGACCUCUAAUUGUCAAAUUUCUUCGUGUAGAAUACUUUACGUUAGGUUACUCCUCCGGUGGAGUUCUGUGACAUUUGUUUUGCAGAUGGAUAAUUUACGUAAUUUUUGCGCAGUGCCUGAGCAUUGAAAACACCUACAUGCCCUUGAUAUUGUUCAGGAUUAUAAAUUUUAAACGUGCAGUAAUAAUACGAAUCAACAUCUGUCAGAAAUGUAUGCUUAAGAAUCGUGCGUUCCUUGACUAAGACAAGAGAAAAGAUUUUGAGUUGAAAGUAUUCGUUAAUAAAUAAUGAUUCCUAUAAAUAUAAAAAAUAACUAAAAUAUUAGGCCUACAGAAUGUUUUAAAUGUAUUCUAUUUAGUAUAGGUUGUGAAAAGUGUUUCAGAUGAGCUUCAUAAUAGUAUUUCACUCAAUAGUCAUUGCUCAUUCAGUGGUUCCCUUCGGUGUUAAACUAUGUUUCUGCUCUGCUUUUUAAAUGAUGUUAAUGACAUGAUGCUUAAAGCAUAAUUUCCCACUUAAGUUAUUUUUAUUUUUGUGCAUAUAUAUUUCACUCCUUUAAAUAAAUGUUGCAUGGGGGUGUAAGUCCUGUAGUGUAUAUUGUACAUUGUGGGUGGUGGUCAUUUAUAUUUAAACGGUCCUAUAAGUGAUACCAACGUAUGCCAAACUCAAUGAAAUAAUUAAACUUCCAUGCAAAAUUAACUACUAAUGUAUUGUCUAAUGGUUAGCACCAAAAAUAUGAAGUAUUGUACGUGCAAAAACGAUAACGUUUCUCGAUAUUCACAGUGAUGAGAGCUUUUGGCUUCAGCCGAUAAAUAUUUUUGAACAUUAAUGUUAAAGGCUUUGUAUACCACUUGGACAUUGGUUGCUUCCAAUUGUCAACUAUCGUGAUAAACCAUUCGGUGAAGUAGCAAAAUUUCUUAAAAUGCGUUUUUUUCAAGGAUACAACACCGUGUUCUCUGAAUUAUAAGACGCACUUUUGUUGUAUUUUAAAGCAAAAUGUAGGUGUGCGUCUUAAUAAUCUGGGAGGUGUGUGUGACCAUCUUUGUAUUUAUUAAUAUCAGGCACAUGUUUGCGGUGUCUUAACUUACCAGAGCGUCUUAUAAUCCAGAAAAAACAUUGUGAUUCUUUAAAGCCAUUGUUAAAAGUAUCACUUAUUGUAUCUAUCUUAGAACUGUAAUUAUACCGUUGUAUAAGUAACAAGUGUGUAGUGUAGAUAUGUAAAGGAGAUGGGAGGGAACCAUAAAACGUCACAUUUUUAUCGAAUAUUUCUUUUAAUUUGGAGUAAAGUUUGUAGAUUGUGGAGAUAUUUUAAAACCUAAAGAAAUUAAAUAGGCUAUCUUUAUUUAACCAUCACUUUUAUAAUCGACAGUUGAGUUUGAUUCCUGGCCAUGGCUAAAAUCGGUGGGAAUUGAUAUCUGAAACAGUCUUCGGCUCGUUUAACCAAACCACAAUGACUAGCGUGGUUAAUUAUGGUCAAACCCCAAUAGUUGAUAUGGUGUCGGGAGGCCUUCAUUCGGAAAUGGAAUGAUAAAGGGCUGAAAUGUAUUAUUUGUCAAUUUAGACUAAUUUGUAAAUGUUACUGCAGUUUAAACAUUGCACAAUUUUGCAAUGAGAAAGUCAUUUUUAAAAGUUUCUUUAGAGUUGCUGUCGCGGUGUGUUUUUAUUGAAGCCUCGGGGAUUUCUAGCUUCCGUCAUUUAACUUUUUUCAUUCUGGUUGUUGUAACUUAGAAACAGAAUCCCUGUGUUUACUGCUCGUGUAAAGUACUUUCAGAUUUUGUUGGCAAUACUCAUUUUGCUUUAUUGAGGCCAGCAGUUUGCAUUUCUGUAACUUGCUUCUGAGCAUCUUCAAUGUAGAAUGUUUUAAUGAUUAAAACAAAUCAACGGCAUUGAGUUAUAUUACUUGCCUACACUGUAUUUAGUUUUAGGCCUAUCGAAGCUAUUCAGGAUGCUGUCUUGUCACGAGUAGGCAAGAGACGAAUGUUAAAUUGCACCGUUAUUUUGCAUAAUUGCAGCGUAUAAUCAAGAGUCCUGAUUUAUAGUAGUAGGUUUUACCCUUUUAAACUGGUACAAAACUGACACCUUUAUUCAAGGCAUCAUGUUUGCAAUAACCACAACACAAGUAGUCAAAAAAGCAAACAAAAAGAAGCAACUCUGAUAAUGAUAAUAAUAUGCACUGUUAUCAGAGUUGCUUCUUUUGUUUGCUUUUUUGACUACUUGUGUUGUGGUUAUUGCAAACAUGAUGCCUUGAAUAAAGGUGUCAGUUUUGUACCAGUUUAAAAGGGUUAAAAACUACUACUAUAUUUUGCCACUGGUAAAAGAGAUCUCAAAGAGUACUGAUUGUUGAGGUUUUCACAUGUGAGUGGCCUCAGUCAUCAGCUACUGGACGUGUGGUUUUACAUAAUAGCCUGAAUACUUCAGUACUAUGCCUGAGGUGAUAUUAUCAAAAUUGUAUGUCAUCUUUUCAACUGAUGCGAUUCUGUUCAUACUAAACAUAUGACGGGGUCAGUGUCCCGACAUUUGUGUUGCCCGACUGCAUUGCUCAGAUCGCGAGACCACUUAACAGGGGCAACCCCGUGAAGGGUGUCGUCUUGCCCCCGCAUAGAGUAUACUGCUGCAAAUUGCACCUUUCCAUACGAAAGAAGAAGACCUGAUGCUGCUUGUGUUGCCAAUGUUGAUGGAUUGCGCACUCACCCGUAGCAGCAACAAGUAAUCAAUUCAUUUCUCGAAACUGAUUCUCCAUACCAUUCGUGCAGCAAAAUAAUUUAAGGGUCAUUGGCCAUGUCCUCAGAACCCUCAUGAAAAAUGGUCUUGAGACUGUGUUUGUUUCUGGGAUAAACAAUUAUUAGUCCUCAUGAGAGCGGUGGUUCAUGAUUGCCUGCUGGUCAGUUUUCUCCUUGUAUGUGUGCAGAGUGCUUUGAUGCAAAUAAUUGCUGCUGAAGUCGCACAGUUCAUUGCGUAUAUUACUGUCCACGUGGGGAUGCUGGGUCGCUAGGUGAGCAGAAAGGACUGGGCUUGUUGAGGCAGACACACAGCCCCCAACAAGAGGCAUGGGAGAAUGAACAUUUGGGUUACAGGGUUUCAGUUUGAACACUUGAAGCUGAGACCCGAAGAGAUUUUUGGUGGUUAUGUUAAAGUUAGACGGACCACUCACUUCUGACCAGCGAUGGGUGCAUUGUGAUUCAUCUGCUCAUUGAAAUUCAGCCGGCUUAGAACUGGGUUGAGUGACCAAAAUGCAGACUUUAGCUAUGAAAAGCAAAUGAUGCAGAGUCAAUGUGAAAAUAAUUCUGUAUCCCUGUACUUUGUAAAGUGGUGUGAUUGUGGAAUAUUUCUCCUUGAUAAGCCUUGAGUAUGCACCAAUAAAGUGUAUCAACAAUGA